GGUUUCUAGCAGAGUGGCCAUUCCCAUUCAUUGGCUGAGACAUUUAUGGACAGCCUGUGAAAUUAUUUAUCUUUCUAGCUCAAUAACUUUCCCCCAUCAUUCCUUAAAUCUGAGGCGCUCACAUCUAGCUUAGUAAAUAAACACAAGGAAGAAAAAACCCACAUCAAGCGGAUAGAUGAACAGACCAAUCCUGUGGCUGAGGAGAAAAUUUCCUCUUUUUCCAUUGUUGGUCUAAUAGGCAAGGUGUGUGCCAACAGAUUUUAUAAGUACCUGAGCACAGCAGCGAGAAGUAGCAACCGAGUUCAAAGACACACAGGUGGUUUUGGUAUUUUCCCAAGGAGUUGGCCAGGAGAGACCCGAACCAAUCUGCUCUAGAUGGAGGGGAACAGUAAGAAGGAGCAUCGGGCUUUGCUCAACCAAGGAGAAGAGGAUGAGCUGGAGGUGUUUGGCUACAAUACCCAGACUCUGCGGAGAGCCGUGAGCCUCGUAGCAUCUGUGCUGACUGCGGGGGUCCUUCCGCUGGUGUUCUACUGGAGGCCCGAGUGGAGGGUGUGGGCCAACUGUGUCCCAUGCCCUUUGCAAGAAGCAGACACUGUUUUGCUGAGGACAACGGACGAAUUUCAAAGAUACAUGAGGAAGAAAGUGCUCUGUCUCUACUUAUCCACGCUGAAGUUUCCUAUAAGCAAGAACCCGGAAGACACCCUGGUGGCUGACUGCCACUCUGUCAUUAACCGAGCCAUACUGAAACCAGAAUUAAAACUGCGAUGCAUCCAAGUGCAGAAAAUCAGGUACGUGUGGGAUCACCUGGAGAAGCGUUUUCAGAAAGUGGGGCUGCUGGAAGAUAGCAACUCCUGCUAUGACAUCCACCACACGUUUGGCUUGGGUCUGAGUAGUGAAGAGCAAGAGGUCAGCCACAAUGUCUCUAAAGAGCAGAAGUGGCUUGUGGCCUGCCUGGUGGUCACUAGCCAGAGCUGUAGGUGUGACACUCACAGCCGAUUCAUCUUCUACAGAAGACUCGUGUGUGGGCCCAACGCCAUCGAGGUUGAAAUCCAGCCCAUAUGGAAGCUGCUCGUUAAACAGGUUUUAAAUCCAUUCUAUGUAUUCCAAGCCUUCACCCUAACUCUGUGGCUGUCUCAGGGUUACGUAGAAUACUCUGUGGCUAUCAUCAUUUUGACCAUUAUCUCCAUUGUCUUAAGUGUGUAUGAUUUGAGACAGCAAUCAGUUAAGCUGCACAGGCUCGUGGAAGAUCACAACAAAGUCCAGGUUACCAUCAUGGUAAAAGACAAAGGUUUGCAGGAGCUGGAAUCCCGCCUCUUGGUUCCUGGGGAUAUUCUUAUUCUUCCAGGGAAAUUGUCACUGCCAUGUGAUGCUGUUCUGAUUGACGGGAGCUGUGUGGUGAACGAAGGCAUGCUCACAGGAGAAAGCAUACCUGUUACGAAGACACCACUGCCGCAUGUGGAGAACACCAUGCCCUGGAAGUCCCACAGCUUGGAAGACUAUCGGAAACAUGUGCUUUUCUGUGGCACAGAAGUGAUCCAAGUCAAGCCCUCUGGGCAGGGGCCUGUAAGAGCUGUUGUUUUGCAGACAGGUUAUAAUACAGCAAAAGGGGACUUGGUGAGAUCUAUCCUCUACCCCCGGCCUCUGAACUUCAAGUUAUACAGUGAUGCCUUCAAGUUCAUGGUGUUUCUGGCCUGCCUUGGUGUUCUGGGAUUUUUCUAUGCCCUAGGGAUAUACAUGUACCAUGAAGUUUCUCCAAGAGAUACAACAACCAUGGCCCUGCUCCUCCUGACUGUGACCGUCCCUCCUGUGCUGCCGGCGGCUCUGACCAUCGGCAUUGUGUAUGCUCAGAAGAGGCUGAAGAAGAAGAAGAUCUUCUGCAUCUCCCCGCAGAGAAUCAACAUGUGUGGGCAGAUCAACCUCGUGUGCUUUGACAAAACAGGCACUUUGACGGAAGAUGGGCUAGAUCUCUGGGGGAUGGUCCCUACUGCUGACAACUGUUUCCAGGAAGUCCACAGUUUUGAUUCUGGCAAGGCUGCACCUUGGGGCCCCCUGUGUGCGGCCAUGGCCAGCUGCCACUCUCUGAUCCUUCUGGAUGGGACAAUCCAGGGGGACCCUCUGGACCUCAAGAUGUUUGAGGGCACUGCCUGGAAACUGGAAGAUUGCAAUGUAGACUCCUGCAAAUUUGGCAUGUCAGAUUCAAACACAAUCAUAAAACCGGGACCAAAAGCCAGUCAGAGUACCGUGGCAGCCAUCGUCAUCUUGCGCCAGUUUCCAUUUUCCUCAAGUCUGCAGCGGAUGUCUGUGGUCACUCAGCUGGCCAGGGAGGGUCACUUUCAUGUCUACAUGAAGGGUGCCCCAGAAACGGUGGUCAGAUUCUGCAGAUCUGAAACAGUGCCCAAGAAUUUCCCAGAGGUGUUGAAAAAUUACACAGUACAAGGAUUCCGUGUGAUUGCCCUCGCCCAGAAAGUCCUGAGGAUGAGGAAGCUUUCAGAAGUGGAGGAUUUAGCAAGGGAGAAUGCAGAGUCAGAGUUAACAUUUCUGGGACUUCUCAUAAUGGAGAAUCGCUUGAAAAAGGAAACGAAGCUGGUCUUGAAGGAACUAAGCGAGGCCCACAUCAGGACCGUGAUGAUUACAGGUGACAAUCUUCAAACGGCUAUUACUGUUGCAAAGAAUUCUGAAAUGAUUCCUCCGGGCAGCCAGGUGAUCAUUGUUGAAGCUAAUGAACCAGAAGAGAAUUUUGCUGCUUCUGUGACCUGGCAACUGGUAGAGAAGCAAGAAACUGGACCGGGGAAGCAUGAAACCUACAUAAAUAUUGGAAAAAGUUCAUUACCUGAUGGGGGAAGAGGGAGCGGUUACCAUUUUGCAAUGACUGGGAAAUCAUACCAAGUGAUAUUUCAGCAUUUCAACAGCUUGCUUCCAAAAAUUCUGGUAAAUGGAACCAUUUUUGCAAGAAUGUCUCCAGGGCAAAAAUCAAGCCUUGUUGAAGAAUUUCAGAAAUUAAAUUACUAUGUGGGCAUGUGCGGAGAUGGAGCCAACGACUGCGGGGCUUUGAAAAUGGCUCAUGCAGGCAUCUCGCUGUCAGAGCAGGAAGCAUCGGUCGCAUCCCCCUUCACCUCCAAAACCGCCAACAUCGAGUGUGUGCCUCAUCUAAUCAGAGAAGGCCGUGCUGCUCUAGUUUCAUCAUUUGGGGUGUUUAAAUACUUGACCAUGUAUGGAAUAAUCCAAUUUGUUGCAACGUCACUGCUCUAUUGGCAACUACAACUCUUUGGGAAUUACCAGUAUCUCAUGCAAGAUAUAGCUAUUACUUUGACGGUCUGUUUAACAAUGAGUUCAACUGAUGCCUACCCACAGCUGGCUCCCUAUCGACCCGCAGGGGAGCUCCUUUCACCCCCUUUGCUGCUUUCCAUCUUCCUCAAUUCCUGUUUCACCUGCAUCGUGCAGGUGUGCGCCUUUCUCUAUGUGAAGCAGCAGCCUUGGUAUUGUGAGGUCUACCUGUACAGUGAGUGCUUUCUGACCAACCAAAGUAAUUUCUCGACUGAUGUGAGUUUGGGAAGAAACUGGACUGGAAAUGCUACUCUGGUUCCUGGCUCCAUUUUAAGUUUCGAGGGCACUACACUGUGGCCCAUCACUACCAUCAACUGCAUCACGAUAGCAUUUAUCUUUUCUAAGGGCAAGCCUUUUCGAAAAGCCAUCUAUACCAACUAUAUAUUUUCGUUUCUGCUGAUAUCUGCCUUGGGCCUGACAAUUUUCAUUCUGUUUUCUGAUUUUCAAGAUAUAUACCAAGGGAUGGAGUUCAUCCCAACCGUAACGUCAUGGAGAGCUUCAAUUUUGGUAGCAGGCUUUGUCCACUUCUGUGUGGCUUUCUUUGUAGAAGAUGGCAUUCUUCAAAACCGAGAGCUCUGGCUCUUCAUCAAGAAAGAAUUUGGAUUCUACUCAAAAAGUCCAUACAGGAAGUGGCAAAAAAAACUGGCAGAAGACACUACCUGGCCUCCCACAAACAAGACAAUUUAUUCAGGAGAUGGAUUCUUUGUCAACAGAGGCUACGAAAGCCCUAAACAGGUCCCCAAAGAAAAACUCAAAUUGGGAGGCCAAACCACAGAGCAGCAUUUCUGGACAAGACUGUAGUCAGAAUUGUUGUUGCAUGCAUCUCACAGCAUCAUCUUUUUUCCUCCAAAUUAGAGCAUUGUGGAGAGGUGAGGCUAGCACAUCCUUAUCUCUUCUUUCUCUCUCUGAACAACCAAAAACCCUUUUCUUGGCGUAGUGAAUCUUGCAGCAAAGGACCUUGAAUUUAUCUGUUUUGACUCUGUCUUUCACUAUUGAAAGAAAAUGUGCAUCUCUUGGAUUAUCAUUGUUAAUAAACCUUAUAUUGCAUUAUG